AUGGCUGGUCUAGAGAAGGGAAACCAGACGCUCAUCACAGAGUUUCUGCUGGUGGGAUUCAAGACUCUUCCAGGGCUGCAGAUAACCCUCUUCGUGGUCUUCUUUGGGAUCUACCUAGCAACUGUGGCGGGGAACCUUCUCCUCAUUCUGACCGUGUGGGCUGACCGUCACCUCCACACCCCCAUGUACUUCUUCCUCAGCAACCUCUCCUUCCUGGAAACCGGCUACAUCUCCAACAUCGUCCCCCGGCUGCUGGGGAGCCUCGCCACAGGGGACAGGACCAUCUCUUUCUCGGGCUGCUUCCUUCAGCUGUUUGUGUUUAGCUUCCUGGGCGCCGCGGAGUGUUUACUGCUCAUCUGCCAUCCACUGCAUUACACCAGCAGGAUGAGCCCCAGGGCUUCCUUUCUGCUGGCCUUUGCUUCUUGGGCCUUGGGCUUUGUGACUCCAUCCUUCACAAUAAUGAUGGCCGCCCAAUUGCCCUUCUGCGGUCCUCAGGAGAUCAACCACUUUUUCUGCGAUUUAACGGCGCUCUUGAAGCUUUCCUGUACCGACGCCAGCCUGACGGAGAUAACAGCUCUCGUCUCUGCCGCCACUAUAUCCCUGGCCCCGUUUCUCCUGACCAUCACCUCCUACGUGUGCGUCAUCCUGGCCAUCCUGCAGAUCCCCUCCACCGCCGGGCGGCAAAAGGCCUUUUCCACCUGCUCCUCCCACCUCAUCGUGGUCUCCACGUUCUACGGGGCCCUGAUCAUCAUGUACGUGGUGCCCUCAGGAAGCCAGUCGCUGGACUUCAACAAGGUGUUCUCCCUGCUGUACACGGUGGUCACCCCUCUGUUCAACCCCAUUGUCUACAGCCUGAGGAACCAGGAGGUGAGAGUCGCCUUGGGCAGAGCUAUCAGGAAAAUGUGGCCUUCCCCCAAAAUGUAG